AAAAUCUUGGCUUUUAUUAAAAGGGUAUCUCAAUUUCAUUUUUUCUCCUUUUGAUUGAAAAAUCUUUUAGCUUGCACUUGUAUUUUCUCUAAAGAGGGCUGUGACCAGCCACCCUCGUCUCUUCUGUGCACAGCAGACGAUAUUUUGAUAAUAUGAAACGUCUUACAUUGGUCCGAUUUCGUUCUACAAUCGUCUGAAAUUGGAAAAUAUUGUUUAAGAUUUCUUUCUUGUUAGAAUUGAGACGUUGCCUUGUUCACUACUGGUUCCAUUCGAGGAUAGAAUAUUCGCUUGUAUCGUCGAACACGUCCCAGAUUUGUGACGGGUUCCUUGAAGUUCUCUAAGUGCUAUUAUUCGUGCCUAAACUGAUAAAAAGACAUUUUGACAUAAAUUUCUCUGGGCUGAAGUCUCAAGUCUGCAAUGGUUUCGGCUUACGUCGUCAAGGAGAGUGUCCUGUCGAGAUAUACCCUUUGUGACAAUUGAUUAUACUGAGUGAAUUGCCAUGAAUAGUCAAAGCUUUACAUUAGCAGAGAGGUUAAUUCCCUCUACAUACCUCCAGCAAGCUGCAGCCUCCAAGAAAACACGAGAAAAUCUUAUUCGUCAACUUAUUGAACAGAGAAAAUGGCCAGAAGAAGGAUGGGACGAUCCUACAAUUGAGUUGUUGCUUGCAGACUUAGCCCAAAUGGAUAGCAACAAUUUUCCUGAUAAUUGUGGUAUUGGUGAAAGGGAAGCUAGAUUUGCAUCAUCACUUGUUGCUCGUCGACAUUAUCGGAUCGGGCAUGGUAUUGGAAGAUCUGGUGAUUUAGGAGAGGUUCAGCCCAAGGCUGCAGGAUCCAGUCUUAUGAUGAAACUUGUGAAUUCCCUUCUACUUGAUACCAUUCGAUACAUGGGUGUGAAGACCACUGCUGGGUGUUUCAUGGUACCUAUGGCUACAGGCAUGACAUUGGUUUUGUGUAUGUUGACUUUAAAGCAAGACCGCCCUGGUGCUAAAUUUGUUCUUUGGUCUCGAAUUGAUCAAAAAGCAUGUUUUAAAUGCAUUUUAACUGCAGGCCUUCAACCUAUUGUAAUAGAGACAGUAGCUUCUGGUGAUGAACUCAAAACCGAUUUAACAGCCAUGGAACACCAAAUGUGCACAAUAGGAUCUGACAAUAUUGUAUGUGUUUUGACAACGACUAGCUGCUUUGCUCCUCGUGUGUCUGAUUCCUUAGAGCAAGUUGCUGUCCUCUGUCAGAGGUUUAACAUUCCUCAUCUUAUUAAUAAUGCAUAUGGUCUUCAAAGUUCUCGUUGCAUGCAUUUAAUACAAGAAGCUGCAAGGAAAGGAAGAGUAGAUGCUUUUGUUCAGAGUACUGACAAAAACUUCAUGGUACCAGUGGGUGGAGCCAUAGUCUCCGGUUUUGACAAAGGGCUUCUUGAGCGUGUAGCUAGAAUUUAUCCAGGACGAGCGUCAUCGAGCCCGGCGAUUGACGUCUUCAUAACUCUGUUGUCUUUGGGAAUCAAUGGCUACAAAAGUUUAGUCACCCAACGAAAAGAAAUGUAUAAUUACUUACGGGAUGAACUUUCUAAAGUUGCCACAAAGCAUGGUGAAAGGCUACUAGAUACAAAGAACAACCCAAUUUCAAUGGGCAUGACUCUUAACUCAUUGGUUACAUCAGAUCCCAAGUCUGUGACAAUGUUGGGUUCAAUGUUGUUUCUGCGGUGUGUUUCUGGAACGAGGGUAGUGUCAACAGUCGACUAUAAGGAGGUUGCAGGGUACAAAUUUGAAGGUUGGGGUGCACACACAAGCAAGUACCCCGUGCCCUACCUGACGGCCGCUGCCGCCAUCGGCAUGCAGAAGUCGGAUGUGGACCAGUUCAUCAACCGGCUGGACAAGGUGAUGAACAAGCUCAAGGGCCGCAGCGCGCCCCAGACGCCCACGUCGGUGGAGGAGCUCGCCAUGGGCGGCCGCCGCUCCAAGCGCUCUAUGAACGGCGAGGUGAGCAGUAGCAGCGACCGGGAGCGGAGCGAACGGAGCGAGCGGGGCGAGAGGGAGCGGGAGCGGCGCUCCAACCGCGGUGGUGGCGGUGGCAGCCACGGGGGUAGCCACGGGGGUAGCCACGGGGGCAGCUCCCUGGACGGGGAGACGGGCAGCAGGAGCCGUGACGAGGUCCGCCCGACGGCAGGCCGCUCCAGCAGGGGGCCCGUGGGAGCCUCGCCCUCCCUCAACGGAGAGGUGAGUGUGAGUGGCAGUGGCAGCGGUGGCGACGUUCGCGCAGACAUAAACUCCCACAACAGCAGCAAUAGCACCUCACUUGCCAGCAGCAAGGACAGCCUGCGCAAGUAGUCACUCUCCUUAUUUCUAUGACUGAUGUGCUGUAUAGGGUGGGGUACAAUUUUGACCUUGCGGAUGAGGACAUUGUUAGUGAGCCAUGUCAUUUUACUUAAGUAGAUUAGUAGCCAUUUUACUUGAUAUCUCUUAUUGUAGGUGUACUGGUCAGAUCUAGUCAGAUAUUAUUGUUAUCACAAGGAAUACUUUGUGAAUGCCACAGGAUAUGAAAGUAUUCUUCCAGGUUUUGUUGUUGACACUAUUCAUGUUUCAGUUAAAAUACUUGAUUUAGAUGAUAUAGAAUGCUUUAAACAAUCACUAACACUGUUCAGUUGUUAAAAACACAUCAGAUGCCAGUUGGUGUCACAUAAUGAUGCAGUGUGUGUGCUUGUACUUUGCCCUGAGCAGUGAAACACUGUUUGAAGUAAUACCAUUUAUGGACAGUAUUAAAAGAGCACUCUCAAAGAAUUGGAUUGGAAACUUGCCAUUAAAGUUAUUGCCUUAAAAUUUAAUUGAUUAGAGCACAAAUGAUUGAGUCUUCACUCUUAGCCUUGUGGCACCAUAUAUUAUGCAUAAUCUCUUAGGAAUGUGAAUGAAAAAGAGGGUCAUUGGAAAAAAAUCUGUGCAAGUAGAAAAAGGACUACUAUUGCAACAGAGGGGGUGAGUAAAGGAUACAGUGUCAUAAAACAACUCCCAAUAUGGUAUACAAAAAAAAAAAUUUGGGCAAGUAGCAUUGGUUUGGUCUUGGUCUGGUUUACAUAUUUAUUUUAAAUUCUCAUUUUUGUGAUCUAGGAAUAUCUGUAUUGUUCCAGAUUUUAUUUUGUUCACCUACCUCUUUCACAUUGCAGCCCUUGAGCUUUACCUACACAUAAUUUGCAUUUAGUUUCAACUUCUCUUAUCUAGUUCCCACUUUGGUCUAAUUUCUCCUCUUUAUUGCUGUUGAAAUUUAAUUAAUGGUAUACUUUCUAAAACAUGAGUAAUAAAUAAAAUAGAAUUUGUUAGCUGUGGUAGCCAGAACAAGAUUAUGGCACAUCCCUCUGGUAGAACUCUUCAAAGUAAACAAAGGUAGAGUCAGGUGUAGCCCCAUUGUGUCCUGAUUGUACUAUACCUAUUCCUGGCACUGGUGCGUCUGUGUAAUUGGUUGCUCAAUUUAGGUUUGUAAUGAGUAAAUUUACUUUUAUUUAAUUGUUAAAUUUGAGUGCCAUUGUUUAUUAUUCAUGUUAAUAAUUAAUACAUAGGUGGUAAUUUACUAUUAGUUUCUGCAAAGCCACUUGCCUUCUUCAUGUGGAAGUGCUUUUUUUGUCUUUCAAUACUUAAAGUGCUAUGAAAAAAUUGCUUUUCAAAUGCCCUUAAAAAAUUAUUUCUAUAUCUUUGUUUACUUUGUUGUCAUGCUUUUUCCUUUUAUUUAGUCUUUAAGAUGAAAAUUCCACUUUUUUUCCUGUCCUGAUCCAAGCAAGAAGUUUAAUUUGAGCUCAAAGGGACCAUGAUGGAGUGUUCAAAUUAGUUGUUUAGAAGAUUUGUAUUUGAGGUGUAUAGUUCCAUUUCAUUGUGAUUGUCCUCUUGGAGUAAAUACCUCGUUUACUACGACGAGGAUAGAUUUUACAAUUGGUGUUUUUGUUAUUGAUGUAACAUUGAGCUCUAGCUUCAAGUACCAUACCAGUAUUGUUAAGGAUUACUGCUUCCUUUCCUUAUGUUUAUUUAUUUAUUUGUUUGUUUUCUAUUUAUUUACUCAUGGUAUUUUCAUUUUUGUAAAAGGAUCACUUUUAUUUGACUGGAGGGGGUUUAGCUCAGCAAUCAUUUUCAUUCUCUUUCAGCACAUUUCAUUUAACUGACCCUGCAUUUAUCUUGCCUGUCUGUUUGUGUUAUACAAACUCUCUAUUUCAUCGAAAGAUCUGAAUAUCUGCUUCUGUAGCGCUGCACGUGUCUGAUGCACUUAAACUUGUGAUGCUUUAACUUGGGUUUCUAUACCUUCCUUUUAGUAGAGGAUAAAUUGGCAAAUUGGUAAAUAAUCUUCAUACUGCUUGAUUCCUGAGAAAGUUUGGAUCUUGUGGACCAAGCACCUUGCUGGUAACUUAAAAUAUGUUUGAUUUUAGCAAAGCAUCAAAAACUGCUCGGAAUUUAAAAUUUUAAGUAAUUUACAUGUAUAACUCCAUGGAUUGGAUUAUCAUUUUACAAGAAUUUGACUUUUGCAUCAUCGAAACCAGACUGGAAUUUUAUUUUGUUUCAGACUCAGUUAUUUGUACUGAACUCAAUCAAGCAUCAUGAACUAUUUGUGUAUUUGUCUCUGUACAGCAAAAAUAUAUAUGUUGUGGACACUUCUGUUUUCUUUUAACAUGCUUUGCGCAGACCACUUAAGUUGCUUAUUUUAUAUCUCCAACAAUUUUAUGGAAGAGUUUUGUUAUCUUCCAGAAGUCUUAUCUUGAUGGUAUUCAGCUAUAUUGUUACAAUGUUUGUGCUAAUACCAAAUCAUAUUUUUGAUCUUUUUUAGCAUUAUUCAGCCUUUCUGCUGUGUCUUACUUAGUUUUUUGAUUGGUCAUGUUUUUGUUGGCAUAUCGGUCAGGUUUUGAACUGAGCUUUGCAGCACAUGGCCUCUUUGAUAGGGAACAUUUAUGUAAGACAUAUUCCAUCCAAUUAUGUCCAUCCAUAGGACACUUGCAUUGUAGGGAUCUCUUUACCUUAUUUUUCACUUGCAAUCUCUUUACUUCCAAAUGUAUUCCCUUCUAUCUGGCUUUAGAAUGAGAAUAAAACCAAGUAUUGGAAACUUAUGAAUACAGUAUUCAUAAAGUCCUAUUAAAAUUUAUAGAAUUUGUGCUCUUGCACAGUCACUUGAUGCUGCCUGCAAGUGCGCCAGUUUCUUUCUAUCUCUUUCCCCCUCUUUCUUAUCUUCCCCCUCCCUUCAUUUUUUAAACAAAUGUCUGUUUUUUUCAUCCCCACGACUUGACAUUUUGAUUUGUUGUACAUAUAUGUAGUGCAUCAGGCGAUGGCUUGGCAGCAUUAUGUUGUCAGCCGUGCAGAACAUUCCAUACAAUUGAUAUUAGUGGUAAGGAUGCAUAAAAAUAAUCUAGAAAAUGCCCAUGAAAUUAAUCUGUAUAGGCUCAGAGCUAAAAUAGAAGGAAUAAAAUGAACAGAAAUCAUUGACAAGAACUAGAAAUGAAUAUUGUCUCAUUUUCCAAAGAUCAACUAUUAUUGUGCAGUGAAUGCUUAAUAGAGACAAUAUGUUCUGAUAGUACUGUAUGUGCACUUACACUUGACUUUGGCUGCAAGGUAAUGUUUCUUUGCUUUCAUGUGCUGAGUUUCAUGAACUUUCUUUGCAUACCUGCAUACCUCUCCUCCUGAUCUAGCAUUGCACUUUCCGUCGGAUUAUUGUAUUAGGAAGCCAGAGAAGUCUGGUUUGUUAUGCCUUCCAUUAAAAGUUAAGUGGUUGUUUUUCAUUCUCCAAUCAUAUUAGGUUUUGAGAAGUUCAAAAUUUUGAAGCAAUCUAGUGUAGAGUGGUAAUUAACUUUUACUAUUGUCUAAUUAGGAGCUAGAACUUGUGAAUACAGUAUCAUGACUUACAAUUAGAAUUUUUCAUUUUGGUCUCGUAAAACUCGUAAAUUCUAAGAAAGACCGGUAAAACUGAUGUGUGUUUUUUCCCUUUUUUCUUUAUUUUUCUUUGUGAAUUUGUACACUGUAUGUGGCUUGGUGGUACUCAUUUAUGAGCUGAAAGCAAUUAAUGAAAGCACAAUUUUACUCAUACCAAAAUAAUUGCUUCUUUCCAUUUGACAUGGAAAAAUCUCUUUAAUUUCACAUUGCUCAUUCAUUGUUAUAAGGGGAACUGAAACUCCAAUCUACUGUACUUAACUUUUAAUUAUUUGUCUCCUCAGGACUAUUAUUCCUCAAAAUUGGCAGCAUUCGCUUGCUUCAAUAAAAAUUGUCUUUUCAAUAUUUAAGGUUCCUCCUUUAAGGCCUAUUUUGAAGAAAAUCAAAUCAAACACAAACUUACUGCUUUUUGAACUGAUGGAGGAGGUACCUUAAGAAAGAGAGUUGUAUAUUUUGCACAACUGAAGACAUCAUUUGAAGACUGAUUGGUUCAAAGGGGUAACAUGAUGUUUUAAUAUCUAGGAAUUCACUGAUGUGCUUUGCAGUUCAUUGCAGGUAAUCAGUAUGUGAUGAUUUAGUCCACAUUUUUGAAGUUACUGUACAAUCAUCUGUGCAAGUAUUAUGCGCAGGAAGGUACAUAUAGUUUUAAGGCAGUAUUCUAAUAAAUGUGUUUCUUUUGUCUUUUUUGUUAUUUUGCUGCUGUGGAUAUUUUGUUAGGCGUGUUAGAGUGUUAAAGAAUUUUAUCUGAUUUAUGUAUGUAUUUUUAAGAUUUUUGAUUGUUCUUUGCUUGUGUGCUUUAAGCGAUCAGGUUCUCAUUCUUUAACUAGUUUUAUCGGUAGUGGAACACUUGUUGAUAUCAUUUAUCACAUUCUGGUCUCCUAAAAUGUGCAUGAAGUUUACGGUUUUAGUUUCUUAAAUAACAGAGCACAUUCUUGGGUACGCAUCUCCAUUUUUAUUCCUACAGCUGCAACUGUUGUAGAAGUUAUCACACUGUUACUUGUGCAACAACAUCACCACCAAAAGAGGCUACUGUCUCAUUUUGUAAUUUCAACUUGCAAAUAGCAUGUUAAUUGUGUUAAGGUACAGCUAUGGUGCAUAGAAAAAAACCUUUAAAAAAAUCUGUUUUGUUGAAUUUAAACUACCUGUUAAAAAUCAAGGAGUUUUCUUGUCUGUCACUAAGCUCAAGGAAGUGAAGGUCAUGAAAGAUGAAUGUUGACUAGUCAUUUGUUUUUAUCAUUCAUCAUAUGAUUGAUCAUUUGCAUUUCACUUUUUGUGAUGACUUGAUUUCUCACAUUUUGUAAUAUCCUGUUUUCAUAACACAGUUAUCGAGCACUUAUUGUUCCGUAGAGUACUUCAAAUUUCUGUUCCUUUUUUGAUAUUGUAUUUGUUGUAGAUUGUUAAUUAAUUACUGGUUGACUUUAAAAAGUUAUUUAGGUUUUGCAUCAUGUGGAGGCAAGUUGAAACUCUUGGUUUUCAGUAAAGUGAAAGUCCCUCAGCUUAAUUAGUUGUUUAACAGGUUUAGUGCCAGGUCUCAAAGUACUGGAAGGUGGCUAUCCCCAUGUGACCAUGCAUGGGCUCAGUGUUGGCGUGGCACUAAAUGUGUUAAAAUGAGCUAGCAAUAUUUUGAAUGUAUUUUGGUGGUUUUAAUUCUGUGAAAGAAACUCACAUGAUCUAUUUAUAGUCAUGCGCCUGAUUGAAGUGAUAACAUUUUGAAGGGAAGUUUCCCUUAUUUCUAGUGCGAUGGGAGUACCCAUUUUUGGAUCAGUAUUGAGAUUUUCUAUGUUCAUUUUUAGUGUUUCUGGCAGUGCAAUACAACUGUCUCGCCGAGAAGAUUUUUGGAUUUUACAAAUAUAAGCUCUAAUCAUCAAUUAUGCCUGUUCUAGAGAGGCCAGUAGAUUAAUGCUUUUAUACCUGAAGGUAAUUAACACUACUGUAUCUUCACUACCAUGUAAAACCCAUGCACAAGGUCCUGGAGAAAUAAUUUUCUAGCUCUUGGAUAAUAAUUAACAUUUUAUUGACCAGCUCUUUGCAUGUUAGCAGCAAUCCCUUUAUUGGUUCUUCUACUUUCAUAUUCUGAUCUCUACAGGAAUUUCUUGUGACACCUCAUUAUAAUGUAUGCUUAUUAUUGCAUGAGCAAGCUACAAUACUUUUUUUAAAGUAGAAAUCACAGAAUUCCUUACAGUCACUUUAUGAAGAAGCUUAGCUAAAUUUACUCUAUGGAACAUGUCUACUGUCAUAUUGAAUUUAACUGUCACCAUCAUUGAUAUUGAUCUAUUCUGACAUCAUUGUUAAGCCACUUAGAAUGUAUUUUAUGUGCAAAAACUUGAUUGUAAAUAAAAUUUCCGCCCUGUAGUAAAAGUCAUAAUUAUUACGAGAA